AUGGCCUUGCCUUCUUUCAAUCAUGUCGAAACUUCGGCCUUCAAUGCGCCUUCUGUGGCAGGUGUGCUGGUCCUCAUUACAAUCCUCUGCCAGAUUAUCUACAAGCUUUACGCAACACCGUUGCGUAAGAUUCCAGGAUCCAAGUCAUUUGCUACAACCAAGUGGCGGCUUGCGUACGAAGACUUCAAGGGUGUCAGAACGCAGACUAUUCACGCUUUGCACCAAAGCUAUGGCACUGCUGUUCGUGUUGGCCCAAACGAGGUGUCAUUUUCCUCUCUUUCCGCUCUGAAGACUAUCUACGGCGCUGGCUCAGGAUUUGAGCGAACGGACUUCUACAGAAUGUUUGAUGUUUUUGGUUGUCAAAAUCUGUUCACCUUUGCUGAAGUCAACAAGCACGCCGAAAGAAAGAAGCUCUUGGCUCAUGCCUACUCGAAAAGCGUCAUAUUGUCACCACAGGCAAUAGCGAAGCCACUGAUUGAGAAAAACGUGAAGAGCUACUUGGAUCUCUUGGACCGUGAGAAAGGAGUAUCCGAGGAGAUAUUCCAGAGUUUGCAUUGGUUCAGUCUUGACACCAUCACUGGUUUCCUAUACGGAGAUAAACUUGAAUACAGUGGAACCAAUGCUCUUACUGGGAACAAGAAGCACAGAGAGCUCCUAGAUGAUAUUAUUGAUCCGAGCAGACGGAAGCUAAGCUGGUUUGUGGUGCACUUGCGUGCCUACACGAAAUGGCUCUACGGCAGAAGUGGCUUUACUGAAAAGCUAAUUCAAAGCUUGGGAUUGUUUCCUAUGAAAAGUCCUACCACUUAUACUGGUAUUAGAGCCCAUGCUCUCAUGUCGACCAACAGAUUUGAUAUUUCUGUUCUUUUCAGGAAGCCUCCCGGCCCAGCCCUGUCUCUCAUACAAAAGUUGUGGGAGAGUACGAACGCGGGAGAAACACGUUGCCUGGGUAGCCCUGAAAUGGCUUCUGAGAUGGCCGACCACUGCUUAGCCGGUAUUGAUACAACAAGCGACACUUUGAUGUUCGCUAUUUGGGCCUUGUCCCGAGGUCAGAACGGGGCGUAUCAGCAGAGGCUGAUCGAAGAGGUUACUAGCAUACCGGAGACGGAGUGUAAUGACGAUGGCAUUCCCACUGUUGAGGCUGCAGAUAAACUACCAUACCUUGGGGCCAUCAUCAAAGAAACCCUUCGACUCUAUGCGCCAUUGCCAGCUUCGGAGCCACGUUCCCUUCCCGUUGACACCAUGAUCGAUGGAUAUACAAUCCCGGCCAGGACGGUUGUCAGUAUGUCGCCUUAUACGCUUCAUCGGAAUGAAGAGGUAUUCCCAGAUCCGUUGAUGUUCAAACCGGAACGCUGGCUUGGAGAGUGUGGUGAUCUCACUGAAAUGAAGAAGUGGUUCUGGGCUUUUUCAAGCGGAGGUCGGAUGUGCAUUGGAUUGCAUCUUGCCAUGGCUGAGAUGACAACCUUACUGGCGGCUAUCUAUCGAGAUUACACAACCAGUGAGUACGAGAAGCAGAAAGGGGUCAGCCCGGGAAUUACGAGUCGCUUCGAAGUUUUCUACGAUGAGACUCUGCCCAAAAUGGAGGAACAUGAAUGCUGGAUCAAUUUUGAGAAGCGCCGCUAG